AUGGAAGGUUUAAUGAAAAUUCAGAAAAGUAUUCAAGAUAAAAUAAAUAAAAAUUAUAGCAAUUAUAAAAAGUCAAAAAGUCGUAGUUCAUAUGGAUAUUUUGCAGAGAGAUUAAAUAUUUUAAAUAAUAAUUGGCGGGAGUUUGAAGAAAAUCAUCGGAAUAUUUUAAAAGAAGCCGUAGAUACAGACAUAGAUAUAAGUUAUUUUAAACUAAGUCUAUUUGAUGAAGUUGAAGAAUUAUAUGUUGAAUUUAAAUGUGCACUCCAAGAUUCUAUGGCAUUAUUAAAAAAAGAUGAACCAAAGGAAAAAGAGGAGAACAGUAAAGAUCAAUCUUCAAACUCGCCUUCUGGAAGUAGUAUUGCUCAUUUACCACGAAUUUCUUUACCAAUUUUCUCAGGAAAAUAUUUGGAAUGGCAGUCUUUCCAUGAUUUAUUUGUUUCUAUGAUCGACAGUAAUACAUCUUUAGCAGAAGUUCAGAAGUUGCACUACUUAAAGGCACACCUCAGUGGAGAAGCUGAACAGAUAUUACGUCAUAUCCCAAUCACAGACGCUAAUUAUACACAGUGUUGGAAUAAGCUAAAAAAGAGAUAUAAUAAUAGGCGCUAUAUUGCUAAUUCAAUUCUCACGAGACUGGUCGGUCAAAGGAAGUUGAUGACAGAGUCUGCAAACGGAAUCAAGCAGUUACUGGAUACAACAAAUGAUUGCCUGAGUGCAUUAUCUAAUAUAGGAGUCAAUACAUCUUCUUGGGACAUUAUCAUUAUACAUCUUGUGUCAUUAAAACUAGAUAAUAGUACUAGAGUUCAGUGGGAGCACAGGAUCAGUGACCACUCAGACAUAUUACCAACGUUAGAGGAAUUCAAUAAAUUCCUAGAAUGCAGGUUUUUGGCUAUGGAAUGUCUUCAUAAUAACGAGAGAAAUGAUGAUAAAGUAGAGAGACCAAAAGUUUUUAGUGUUACCGCAAUCUCCUGUUCCUUUUGUAAAGAAAGUCAUCUAUUAUUCCAAUGUGAAAAGUUUUGUAAUGAGAGUUAUGAAAGUCGUCAUGAAUUUAUUCAGAAAAAUAAAUUAUGCUUCAACUGUUUUGGAAGUAAUCAUCCAGUGAGCCGAUGUAAGAGACGUACCACUUGUAGGCGUUGCGGACGGCGACAUCACUCUUUACUGCACCCUGAGGGAAGUUCGAGUUCAUCGUCUAAUAUGGAACUAAAUCAAACGAAUGAAUCCGAGCACAGAGAGCAAGAAAAUGUGCAGAGAGAGGAGGUUCAAGAAUCAAGUCGAAUUUCAACACAUUUUGCUAAUGGCUCAAUAUCAUCACCUGGUCAAGUAAUGUUGGCUACGGCUUUAGUACACGUGGACACUAAUAGAGAUUGUUAUACACUGCGAGCAUUACUGGAUCAGGGUUCUCAAGCCUCAUUCGUUACGGAGCGUGUUGUUCAAUUAUUAGGGCUUCGUAAAAUUCCUUUCAAGGGAAUAGUAUCUGGCUUGGGUGGAGAUCAGUUUAACUUAUCCAUCAAACAUAUGGUCAUUUUUAAGAUACAGUCCAUUUAUACCUCGUUUAGUUAUGAAAUUCAGGCCUAUGUUUUGAACGCUUUGUCAUCCAGUUUACCAGCUCAAAAACUUAAUAUUCAAGAUUGGCCAGAAUUAUCAGGUUUAACUCUGGCUGAUCCCGGUUAUGGUACACCUAGUAAGAUAGACUUGUUGCUAGGGGCGGAUGUUUAUGGAAUGAUCCUAACGAAUAAUAUUAUUAGAAAGGGCAGUGUCACUGCUCAAGAUACACAGCUGGGGUGGAUAUUAUCCGGUAGAGUAGAAGUAAACCAUCAUUGUCACCAUUCCAGCAUAGUUAGCAUGCAUUCGCUGGAUAAUUCUGAUGAGAUAUUGCGUAAGUUCUGGGAGUUGGAGUCUGGUAAAGAGCAGAAUUUCAUGUCAGAAGAAGAUAAAGCUUGUGAAGAGUAUUAUGAAAAGACUACAACCAGGGAUGAAUCAGGUCGUUAUGUUGUGCGACUACCGUUUCGCAAGAAUAAUCCUGAUUGCGAACAAGGAGAUUUUAAAGAAAUAGCUAAAAAGAGAUUACUGACUAUGGAAAGAAAGUUGGAAAAGGAUCCAAUUCUAAGAAAGGAAUGUUCAAAAGUAAUAGAAGAAUAUAUAGAUAUGAAUCACAUGGAACUUAUAACUGAAGAAAGAGAAAAGGUUAGAGCAGAUGCCGUUUACUUACCGUUGUUAGUUGUUGUUCGGUUAGAUAAAUCAACCACAGCGGUUCGUCUGGUGUUUGAUGCUUCGUGUAAAGGGAAUAAUGGUAAAUCAUUGAAUGAUGACCUACUUACCGGUCCACGAUUGCAGGGAGAGUUGAGACAUCUAUUGAUGAAGUGGCGUACGUAUCCAAUUUGCUUUGUGGCAGAUAUCAUCAAGAUGUACCGGCAGGUUAAGCCCUUCAGGGAAUACCGUAUCCUGAGAGUAACUUUUGGAGUUUCUUCUGCGCCUUAUCUUGCAGUAAAGUCACUUCAACAAGUCGCCAAGGAUGAAGGCAAGCACUUCCCUUUGGCAGCUGAUAGAGUACUGCAAGAUUUUUAUAUGGAUGAUCUUAUGUCAGGUUGUCAGACGGAAGAGGAAGCAGUUGAUAUAUACAAUCAAAUGGUCGAAUUAUUAGAAAGAGGUGGAUUUAAAUUGCAGAAAUGGGCAAGUAAUAGUCAGAAACUUAUGCAAGAAAUUCAAGAAGACAACAAAGCAGACAGAAACUUGGUGAUUAAGACAGAUGAUUUGGUCAAAAUUUUAGGAGUGUCAUGGAAUGUCUCAUCUGAUGAAUUUGAGUACGUAAUUAAAUUACAUCCACAAAAGCAGCCAAUUACAAAGAGAGUCAUUUUAUCCGAUAUAUCUCGCCUUUUUGAUCCACUGGGUUGGAUUGCACCGGUUAUUAUUCAAGCGAAGAUAUACAUUCAAAAGCUUUGGCUUGCAGGACUUGGCUGGGAUGAGGAAGUGCCAUCUGAUCUGCUAGAUAAAUGGAUUUCAUUUCGAGAAGAAUUGCCAAAACUUAAUCAAGUCAAAUUACCUCGGUGGAUGCACGCAACGUACGAUACCACUGACAUAGAAAUCCACGGAUAUUGUGAUGCCUCCAACGAUGCAUAUAGUGCAGUCGUUUAUUCUCGUAUUAAAGACAAGUUUGGAGAAGUUCAUGUUAACUUGAUAGGAGCGAGGACUAAGGUUGCUCCCAUUAAGCAGAUCUCCAUACCUCGUUUAGAGCUUUGUGGCGCGGUACUUUUGGCAAAAUUGUUAUCGGAGGUGUCAUCAGUCAUGAAGGUAUCCAAGGUUCAAUUACGUGCUUGGACUGAUUCAACCAUAGUUUUAGCCUGGUUGAAAGGCGAACCAAACCGUUGGAAGACGUUUGUCGCCAACCGAGUAACUGAAAUAUUAGAGGUUUUAGACAGCAGUCAAUGGUCACAUAUUGAGUCUAAUCAAAAUCCUGCUGACUGCGCGUCUCGAGGAUUGAGGCCAGGGGAAUUGAUCGAGCAUGGAUUAUGGUGGCAUGGACCGCAGAUGUUACAUGAAUCCUAUUACGAGUUUCCUCUAAUUGAGAAUUUGUCUACUGAUUUGGAGAAAAAAGCCAUUAAAUCUUACCUUGCUGUCUCAGAUCGAAGUAAUGAAGAACUGCCUGUCUGGACUAAAUAUUCAUCACUCAAUAAGUUGAUAAGAGUAAUUGCUUUUUGUUUGAGGAUCGUUAAUAAACUGAAACAUAGAAAAUUGUUACCUUCAUAUCUUACAGCUGCUGAAUUAAAUUAUAGUCUGAACAUUUGCCUGAAACACUGCCAAAGCUCAUCCUUUCCCAUUGAAAUUGAACAGUUGAUGAAGUGUCGAUCCAUCCCAAAAGGUAGUAAAAUAUUGUCUUUGUGUCCAUUCCUAGAUGAUAAACAUAUAAUGAGAGUACGUGGACGUAUAGAGCAUAGUCAAGAAGAUUAUGAUGCGAAACACCCUAUAAUCUUGCCGCGUGAUCAUCAUAUCUCUAAGUUAAUUGUAGCAGAUGCUCACGAGAAAACGCUGCAUGGCGGACCACAAUUAAUGCAUAAUUAUAUCAGUACCAGGUACUGGAUUAUCAACGUGAGGAGUAUAAUUAGACAAUAUAUUAAGAAGUGUAUUACAUGUAUUCGAUAUAGUACCUCGUGCCAACAACCCUUCAUGGGUGAUUUACCAAGCUCACGUGUUACAGCGAGCCGUCCAUUUAGCCGAAGUGGAGUUGACUACUGCGGUCCUAUCAACGUUAGAAUAUCCAAGGGUCGCGGAUGUCGAUGCUUCAAGGGCUAUGUAUGCCUUUUCGUGUGUAUGGUGACACGCGCAAUCCACUUGGAAGUGGUAAGUGAUAUGACGAGUGAAGGAUUCAUUGCAGCUUUCAAGAGAUUCGUGGCUCGUCGAGGCCACUGUCAGGAGAUUUGGAGCGACAACGGCACGAACUUUGUGGGCGCAUCAAAAGAGCUACGUGUUUUAUUUAAGGCUGAAAAGUCGAGUAUUUUAGAUGAAGUUGCUCAAUGUUUAGCAAAUACAGGAACCGAAUGGCAUUUUAUACCUCCCCGCGCUCCGAAUUUCGGGGGUAUCUGGGAGGCAGGGGUUAAAUCAACAAAGUAUCACUUGAAACGUGUGCUUGAUGGUACCACCUUAACCUAUGAGGAGCUUUCCACAUUGUUGGCCCAAGUGGAAGCCUGCUUGAAUUCUAGACCUAUGUAUAGGUUACCCACUAGUCAGGAGGAUAGUUUGCCUCUCACACCAGGCCAUUUCUUGAUUGGGGAACCGCUUAUUACAGUUCCAGAAAAUAAUUACAUGAACCAUAAUAGCAGUAUGUUGCGUAGAUGGCAACUCAUGCAGAAACUUACUCAAAAUUUUUGGCGUAAGUGGUCAAGAGAAUAUCUCACAACACUUUGCAACAGGUAUAAAUGGACAAAAGUUACUCCUGAACCUCAAAUAGGCCAAGUUGUUUUAAUUAAAGAGGAUGAUCUUCCUCCAAGUAGAUGGUUGUUCGGUCGAAUUGAGGAAAAGCACCCUGGUCCAGACAAUAUAACUAGAGUUGUCACCUUGCGUUGUAAAGAAAAUUGUAUUAAAAGACCUGUAUCGAAACUUUGUAUUUUGCCAGUUGUUCAAUAA